AUGGCAGUGCAGUUGGUGCUUUUAUACAUUAUCGCGGCAUUGGCAUUGGCCACUUUGGUGUGCGUGCGGUGGAAGCGUCGGAAACUGUACGCCGCAGCGGCAACCAUGGAUGGGCCACCAUGUUUGCCAUUGGUUGGUCAUGUGUAUCUAAUCUUCGGUAAAAGAAGUGGAGAAGACAUUCUACAAGUACUAGACCGAUACGCUCCCAGAUAUAAAUCUCCCAUCGGCAUUUGGAUGGGACCGCAACUAAUCGUCGGUAUCAAGGACAAUCCCGAUUACUUUCAAACGGUCAUGAACUCUCCACACAUGUUGAACAAGAUGGACCAGUAUAACUUUUUCCGGAUUGUAAACGGACUAUUCGCUGCUCCAGAUCAUGCUUGGAAAAGCGAAAGAAAGUUGCUCAACCGAUCGUUCAGUCCUACGAUGCUGUCCAGCUUUGUCGAUACAUUCAAUGACAAAGACUUCAUCAUGGUGGAAACCCUGCGCAAAUUCGUUGGAAAUGGUGAAAUUGAUCUGCAUUUGUACAUCGCCAAAUGUACAAUUGAUUCCAUAUUUGGAACUGCUUUCGGUAAAGACCUCAACACUCAAGGUCACGAUGGAGCCGAUGAGUAUCUGCACUGCUUAGACACAUUUUUCUCGCUAGUGUUCAAGCGCAUGCUCCACGUUGAACGCUACCCAGAAAGCAUCUAUCGUCUCACAAAGGACUACGAACUUGAAACGAUUUGUGUGAACAUUAUCAAAAACAUGUCCCUCGAUCUGAUGAAAGAGCUGAAAGAAAAGUCAAAGCAAGCUAAGGCCACAUUGAGCAAGGAAGCAGCAUACGAAGGCAAGCCGGCGCUUAACUUUGCAGAGAAUCUGUUUGAUUUAGCGGAACAAAAUCCUUCCUUAACUGAGGAGCACGUUAAGGAUCAUAUAGAUACCAUGAUCGUGGCUGGACAUGAUACGACCGCUACCACCAUGUCGAACCUAUUACUCAUGCUAGCCAUGCAUCCGGAGGUACAGGAAAUGGUCUACCAGGAGGUGAUGAGUGUGUGUCCGGACAACACAAAACCGGUGACGAUGGAAGAUGCAAACAACCUUGUCUAUACGGAGAUGGUGUGCAAGGAAACGAUGCGCCUGUUUCCCGUUGGUCCUUUAAUAGGGAGAAAAUGUGUUGCGGACGUAAAAUUGGAUGAUAAACACACUAUUCCUGCCGGUUGCUGUGUAGCACUGGGAAUCUACCAAAUACAUCGUGAUCCUUCAAUCUGGGGUCCCGAGUCAAAUAAAUUCAAUCCUGAUCACUUCCUUCCCGAAAAGGUGGCUGAACGACACCCGUAUGCUUAUCUUCCUUUCAGUGGUGGACCACGGAACUGCAUCGGUAUCCGAUACGCGUGGCUUUCAAUGAAGAUUCUUAUCGCUCAUCUCGUACGGAACUAUCGCUUUAAAACUUCGCUCAAAAUGGAGGAUCUAAACAUAAAGUUUGCUAUCAUCUUAAGAAUCACGAAUGGGUGUCUCGUAUCGAUAGAGGAUCGCAGUUGUAGUCCGGUUUAG